AUGGUAGCCCAUAACAAUGAAGAAGAUUGGGCUGCAAAGGCAAGAGCUUGGGCAGCUAAGGCUGCAAUGGAAAGUCAGCAUCCACAAACACAUUUUUCACCUGCUGGAAGAUUGCACGAGCAAAACCACUAUCAUGAUCAGUAUCAGCAAUCUGUUGACUCGCAUUAUACUGAUGUUCAAAACCAAUCCCAUUCAACAUCAAGCCAAUCCCAUCCAACCUCAAGCUAUCAACAAUUUUCCUACUUGGAUGCAUCUGUGCACCGACUUUCAGGACAUUCCCAGGAGGCUGCACCUUUCAGUUUGGAGACAUCUUAUACUCAAGAUGGACAUUCAUACAGUGCUAGAGAUGGGACCAGCAUCAGAGAUUCAAAUGUUUCAUUUGAACAAGGGAACUUGCCAACAAAUCCAUCAGUUAAUCAGCAGGAGGUACCUUCUAGUUAUUGUUCUGUUGCAGUUUCAUUUUAUCAUUGGAGAGGCAUGCUUGCUAGAACUGUGCAAAGUUGUAGGAAUAUCUAUUGUGUUGAUUUUCCAACAAUAUUGAUGUCGGAGAGAAUUUCAAACAAACUGCCAAUGUGGGAUGACAAACUAAGUCAGUUUUGGGUGGGUAAAGAUGCUACCGAUCAGAUUCAACAAUCAUACUCACCCUUUCCUUUGUCAAGUUCCUCAUCUCAAGAACGCCAUGUGCAACCAUCAAUGGUUGCACCACCUUUUGCAUCUGGCAGCCACUCAGUUGACUCGGCUAUCAGUCUUGCUGAUCAACCAUUAGAUUUUGCACCCAGGUUUAGUCGUGAUAAUGAUUUGCAAAUGCAAUCAACUUUUAAUCAUCAUGAUUCCAGUACCUCAAUGAAUAACUGGGGUGCUCAAGUAGCCCCUGGUGUUGGUUAUCCACCAAUUCUUGCCUCUGGGCCUCAGCAGCUUGACGCUUCUAUCACCACUCCUGGUCAUGUGGCACCACCAUUUGGAAGGUUUCCUGGACCCGGUCUUCCUUCAACCAUUCCACCAAGUGGUGCACCCUUUACCCUUAACACAGGAACUACAAUUCAUCCUACUGCUGCUUUCUCUGCUGAUGCAUAUGGGGUAUCCAGUGUUUCUGAUCGGCCUAAGAAGGCUUCAGUCCCUAACUGGCUUAGAGAGGAAAUAAAGAAAGCAGUCAUUGCUGCUCCUGCAGAGAAUCUGAAGGAGGAAGCCACGUUUGUGAAUGAUGGCAUUGACAAGCCAUAUGCUAGAGGUGAUGAGGCAGAUAGUAAAAGCAUUGACUCAUCUAGAUCAGCUGAGGAUGAAGAAGAUGAAGAGGAUCAAGUUGAAGUAACUAGAACUGCAGCAAUCAACCAAGAAAUAAAGAGAGUUCUGACUGAAGUUCUUUUGAAGGUAACUGAUGAAUUGUUUGAUGAAAUUGCAACCAAAGUUCUUGCUGAAGAUGAUCUUACUGCUGAAGUAGGCCACAAGGUUGUUAUCUCAAACCACAAGUCGUCUGUAUCUCCACCAUCAGCAACAGUUCCUAAGGCAUCUGCAAAGGUUUUUGUUCCAGUCAAAGAGAAGGUAGAAAAUGAAGGUGCCAGUGAAAAAUCUAAUUCUACCUCUCCUGGAGACGUUUUAGGUCUUGGAAAUUAUGGUUCGGAUGCUGAUGAUGAAGACAAUGAAAUUGAGAGUUCCAGUGUGCCAACUUCUGCAAAAGAUGCUACCUACCAGUCAGGGAUUAAGCAACCUUUGUCAGAUACACAUGAUGUAUCUGUUAAUGGCAUUUCAAUACUUGAUGAGCACAGUAGAAAUGAAACUAAUUUUGUGAAUGCUCAGAUCAAAACCAUCUCCUUACCACCCAGAAGUAGCAAUGAUUCUCCUUCUGAUCAAUUGCAUGAUGAUAAGGUUACUAGAGCAUCCUAUCAUUCACAAUCUUCCAAAGUUGUGUCUGAAGAUCUUAGGGAUAAUGAGAUUAAUGCCAUCGAAAGAGGCCAUGAUAGAUUUAAUGGAUUUAAUUCUAAAGAUACUUCAGGGAUACCAAGAUCUGAACUGCCUGGAAAGAACAUUGGUGUGGAAAAAACAACAGAUGAUCAUUCUGGUAGGGAAAGUAGAAGGAAAGCUGAAAAAAAUGACCGGCAUGACAGGAAUACCUCUGAGAAAGAUUUUGUAAAGGAGGGACACAGUAGUAAGACUAGGAUUGAUGAAAAAGGUAAUGAGAAUCAUAGAAGGAAGGAUGAAAAAAAUCAAAAGAGGGAAAAAACAAAUUAUGGCAAUGAGGCAAAAGAAAAGGUGAAUGAGGCAAAAGAAAAGGUGAAAGAACACAAUUUCAGGCAUGGGGAGAAGGCAAAGGAAUCAGAGUCAAGGAAAAGAUCCUCUCAUGUUGAUGUUAAGGAUGAUAAAAGGGAAGCAGAAAAAUCCCAUAGAGGUAGUGCCACCGAUGAUACUAGCCGGAAAAGGGAGCAUGCAAAGGAUAAGGGAGAACAUAAAUCAAGGCAAAAAGAUGCUAGUAAUCCUGACAGGCACAGGAGAAGACGAUCAUCUUCAGUAAGCAGUAGAGGUAGAGCCAACAAGGAUCGUGUUAAUCAUGCUGAUAAUUCAAGUGGUGAAGGGUCAGAUGGCUCAAAAAGGUUUAGAACAGAAUCUAUUUACCUCAUUGUCUGGUUAUCAUAUAUAGUGUCUCAUAAUGUUUGUUAUGCAGGAAGCUGCAUUCAAGAAAGCGUGACUUAUCGCCAUCUCCUGUCCGAUCUAAAAGAAGACAACUUUCGCGGUCUCCUCAUAGCAAGCGUUCUCAGCGCAGGCAUUCUCCCUAUUCUUCUCUUGAUUCUUCCAGUUAAAAAACUGUCACACAAAGCAUCGAAACAAUCUUCUUCAUACCUUGAAGACUAA